AUGGUAUCUCAGGUCCGGGGCACUAUUCAUUUUAAAAUGCUUGAGUUCCACCAGCAAUACGGCCCUGUGGUCCGGCUUGCCCCCGGAGAGCUCACAUACACUACGGCCACGGCAGUGAAAGAGAUCUAUGGCAACCGCAAUGGCAGAAAGCUUAUGCCCCCGCAGUCUUCGCUUGGUAGUAACGAGAAGACGAUGUUUGGGGCUACCAGCUUCAUCUGGCUCGAGUCCCAUAAAGAGCAUUCGCGUCACCGCAAGAUCUUGUCCCAGGGGUUCUCGGACGCGAGCCUCAAGGCUCAGGAGCCCAUGGUGGUCGGAUACGCGACUCUUCUUAUCCAACGCUUACGCGAGAGGGCCUCAAAGGGAGAGGUCAUUGACAUGUGGGCUUGGUUCAACUACUAUACUUUUGACAUUAUUGGUGAUCUGGUCUUCGGCGAGUCCUUCGGUUGCGUGGACCAGGGCCAGUUCCACCCGUGGAUCAGCUUCAUCUUCUCCAACCUGACCAACAUGAUGUACGCGCAGAUGAUCACCACCAUGGGCUACCUCGGCAGCUUCAUCCAGGCCCUCGUGCCCGAGAGGGUGAUGGCACAGGCGAUCGCGCACGCGCAGUCGACCCGCGACAAGGUCGACCGACGGCUGGCACGCAAGGACGUGCGGCCGGACCUGAUCAGCGGCAUGAUGCACCGGAUCGGCGCGGAGGGCGGCAUCUCGCGCGAGGAGCUGUACGCCGACGCGCAGAUCAUGAUCAUGGCCGGCAGCGAGACGAGCGCCACCCUGCUCGCCGUGGCCGUCUACCACCUGCUCCGCAACCCGGGCGCGCUGGCCAGGCUGCAAAGUGAGAUUCGCGGCGCCUUCGCUGGUGAAGAGGCCGAAUUGGCCUUCGCUGCUGUGUCGAAACUGCCGUACCUGCGCGCUGUCAUCGAUGAGAGCCUGCGCAUCCACCCGCCGCUGCCUGCUGGCAUCAACCGUGUGGUUCCCGAAGGUGGGGCCGUCAUUGAUGGCCACUUCGUGCCUGAGGGCACGGUGCUGCAGGUCCCUGGCUGGGCUGCCUUUCACCUUGAGGAGAACUUCAAGGACCCAUGGGAAUUUGUGCCUGAGAGGUGGCUUGGUGAGUCGUGCCCCGCCCGGUACGCGGGUGAAAACCACGAUGUGUUCACUCCUUUCAGUUAUGGCCAGAGGUCUUGUCUAGGGCGCUCCCUGGCGUCUAUGGAGACGAGGGUCUGCCUCGCGAGGUUGAUCCUCGGCUUCGACAUGGAACUGAUGGAGGAUAGCCAUGACUGGAAUCAGCAGAAGGUGUACUUGCUAUAUGAGAAACGGCCACUGAACGUGAAGCUGACUGAGGUUAUCAAAAGUGAGAAAGAUGUGCUCGUGUCAUGUGUCUUGGAUCGGAAUUCGGAAAAGUUGUGA